GGCGAACUUAAACAGAAUUAAGGUGUUGAAACAUUAACUGUUAUGAUCUUUGCAAGAUUGUCCUCGUGAUCUUUGUUAUAGUUUCUAUUCUUACCAGCAAAUAAAUGAUAGUCAAUUACCACUUGUAGCAUCGGUCAUAAUUCAUUUCUUUUCUCAACUCUGUAGUUUUUCUUUCCUCUUAAUAUAGUGUGGCGGGACUACUUGUAAAGAGUAGCAAAAACUAGUUUGAAAUUCCGGAGUUUAGGACUGAUCGAUGUAUUUCAUACUUACAAAAUGAUAUGUCCUUCCUUCCUUUUGUCUAAAAAUUACCAUUCUAAUACAAUGAAUUCAGACUCGUGUCAAAGAGUCUGCAUCUCAAUCCUAGUUAUUUCUGUUGAACUGAUUGUUACGCGGAUUAACCAUUUAAUUUGGCAUAUGUUGAUGAUAUCUUUAUUUUUACUUCUGUUGACAGAGAGUCGCUAAAGAGUUUAGUGAUUGUUUUGAGAAGAAAUGAGCAGAUAUCGGGACAGUUAAUGUAGUAGUAACUAUCAAUGGGAACUAGUUCCAUGACCACAGGUUGUUUUCUUUGGCUUGUCUACCUUACAUAAGCUACCACUAUAUCUUCUAAUAUCCUCAUAAGGGACUAAAAAGUAAUUUUACUUGUCUGUUUUGUGGUCAAAAUUACAAGUAUCCAGGAGUCUUAAGUUAGUAGCUCUUUGAUAGAUAAACUCUAAUCAUUUUGCUGUAAAAAUUAAUAGCCCUAUAAAGUUUAUCAUGACUAUUUCCUAGUCGACAUCCUCUAUUUAUGCCGGAUGGUGAAGAUUAUAUAUGUUUUUCAUAGUGAGUAGUACUUUUAGUAUCCCGUGCAGCCUAUGCGAUUCUAAGAACCUCAGGUAUUCUACUUGUUUAUAAUACUCUAGCAAAGAAGAUGGAAAUCUCUAGCACCGAUGAUUUUCAGACCACAAUUCAGAGAAGUUAUGACAAAAUGAGUGAGUUAAAAGCCUUUGAUGAUACAAAGGCAGGUAUCAAAGGGCUUGUUGAUGCUGGAAUAACUAAGGUGCCUCGAAUAUUCAUGCUACCACCAAAACACAGACCGGAGUCCUCGGAUACACGUGAAACACAGUUCAUUUUUCCAGUGAUAGACCUUGAAGGCAUUGCUAAGGAUCCAAUCAAACAUAAAAAGAUUGUGGACAAAGUUCGAGAUGCGUCAGAGACAUGGGGUUUCUUCCAAGUGGUUAAUCAUGGCAUUCCAACAUCUGUUCUGGAAGGAAUGCUGCAAGGAACACCUGCAAAUUGGAGAGACACACUUUUCUGUUUAAUGGCUCCUAAUCCUCCUAGUCCAGAAGAAGUUCCAACAGCAUGCAGCGAAACACUAAUGGAGUUCUCUGAUCAUAUCAUGAAAUUGGGAAAAUCCAUGUUUGAAUUAUUGUCUGAGGGUCUAGGUCUCAAUACAUCUCAUCUCAAUGAUAUCGGUUGUGCUGAGGGGCUCGCUGUUUUGGGCCAUUACUAUCCAGAAUGUCCUCAGCCAGAACUCACCAUGGGCACCAGUAAGCAUUCUGACAAUAGUUUUAUCACCGUGCUUCUACAAGAUCAUAUCGGAGGGCUUCAAGUGCUUCACCAGAAUCACUGGGUUGAUGUUCCUCCUACGCCUGGUACUAUUGUCGUGAACAUUGGAGAUCUUCUACAGCUCAUAUCAAAUCACAAGUACAUAAGUGUUGAACACAGAGUAUUGACAAAUAAACUAAGUUCAAGAAUAUCAGUUGCAUGCUUCUUUGGUACAGGUCCAGUGCCAUCUUCCAAUCUUUAUGGACCGAUUACUGAGUUGUUGUCCAAAGAUAAUCCUCCAAAAUAUCGUGCAACCACAGUGAAUGACUACUCUGCUUACUACCGUAAAAAAGGUCUAGAUGGAACUUCUGCAUUGUUGCAUUACAAGAUCUAAUCAUAGUAGUGUAACGAUUGAAUAUAUGAUGAAAACUGAGAGUUUUAACUUUUGAUGUAUCUUAUGCUGAAGCUUCAUAGAUGGUGAAACAUGACCUGUAUCAAUAUAUGAUAGAAAAUUUAUGUA